AUGAACAUAUCCAAUAUACGAGAUCACAUGUUAUCUCAGCCUGCAUCAUUUAAGAAGAAGAGAGAUUAUCAAUUAGAAGAAGUUUUAGGUAGAGGUGGGUUCGGGAAAGUGGUUAGAGCUGUUUGGACCACUAAAGACGGUGGAAAGAGGGAUGUAGCUUUAAAGAUAAUAUCGAAGAAGCUGGUCAAAGAUAACGAACAAGCUGUAAUGGAUGAGAUAAGCGUAUUGAAAGGUUUAGAUCAUCCCAAUAUAGUUCACGUAUGGGACAAUUUCGAGUCCAGGGACAAAUUCUACCUCACCUUCGAACUCGCAGUUGGAGGGGAACUCUUUGAUCGGAUAUCUGAAAUCGGUAAAUUCACUGAGAAAGAUGCUUUGGAAUGUAUAAGACAAGUUUGCUCAGCAACUGCAUAUCUACAUUCACAUCAAAUCGUGCAUCGUGAUUUAAAACCUGAAAAUAUCUUAUACAAAACAAAAGAUCCAAAUUCACAGAUAGUAAUAGCAGAUUUCGGAAUUGCUAAACAUUUGGAAAAUCCUGAUGAAGAAUUGAUCGACGCUGCUGGAAGUUUCGGUUAUGCUGCUCCAGAAGUCUUGAUGGGUACGGGUCAUGGUGUUAAAUGUGAUUGCUGGAGUAUCGGCGUAAUCGCUUUCACGAUAUUGUGCGGUUAUUCGCCGUUUCGUGAAACUGAUAAAAACGCUUUGCUUCGUGAAAUGACCAGAGGGAGAGUGACUUUCCAUGAAAGAUACUGGAAAAAGGUCUCGAAUACUGCCAAAGAUUUCAUCAAGAGUCUGCUCGUAGUAGAUCCAAAGAAAAGGAUGUCAGCGGCUGAUUCCCUCAAACAUCCCUGGAUGUCUGCAGGUAAGACUAUUGAGACUGAUCUGUCGGAAGCUGUCAUUCCAGCUCUAAAUGCUAAGAUGCAAUGGAGAAAGGCGUUCAGAGCUGUUCAAGCUACGAAUCGAUUGAGAGCAGGAUCGACUUCAUCUCAGUCGACAACAUUAACGCCAUCCACUUCGGCAUCAUCCAACCAUACUCCAACAUUAUCACCUGUGACCCCUCUGGCCGUACCCGUACCGACGGUGGUAACCCCGUUAUCUAUGACAGAGGAAGAACCGAUGUCUGAUACACAUAGUUAUUUCACUGCUGACGAAGACGCUCAUCAUGAGAUAUAUACACCUGGAAGUGUCAACCAAGAUCAGGACCAGAAGCAAAUAACAGAUAGAAUUGGUAACAGCGACGUGAAGAUAAUCACUGGAGAAGCAGAUAGUCCAAAAAGUUCAAAGAUUGAUCAUAUCGAUAAGAAAGAUUUCGCCACUUCAAGUUCAGAUCCAAUUUCCAAACAAUCGAGAGCAGAUCCAAUUACAUCGACGGAAGUACCAACGGAAGUGCGAAAUUCACGGCCGGAAAGUGCAAGGAAAGGCUCAGUAGAAAGUGUAGUGGGAAGCGUUAAAGGGCUAAUGGGUAAAUUAAGAUUAUGA